AUUCCUGUCUUUUUCUGCAAUUUCUUUAAAAUUAAAUUAAAUGUGACAGCAUUACUUUAUUAUUGCUCACAAUCGCAAAUAUAGAAAAAGCGUUAGAAUAUUUUUAAAUAAUGUUAAUACAUAUUUGAAUCCGAAAGUACAUUAGCAUUCUAAAAAAUUAGCAUUCUAAACAUUAGCAUUCUAGAAAUAAUACAUUUUCUAGUGAUAAAGUUAAGAUGGGUAAAACAAGUUCGAAGCACAAACUUCCUAAUAAUCCGAUGGAACAGGAGAUAUUGAGACAAAACCGAAUCCGGAAGCGCCUACGUGACGCAGAAAAACGAAAAGAGAAAGCAGAGAAGAAGAGAAGGAAAGAAAUAAAAAAAAAUGAUAAAAAGAAAAAAAAGAGCAAGUGUCCUGAAAAUAAAGAAAAAUUGGAAGAUUUAAAAACACCUAAACCUCCAAUAAUUUUGCCUGACAAGAAAAAAGAUUUAUACUUAAAUAGUGAAUCCAAAUAUUUGGAUCAUGUAAAAGAAAUGCAAAAUCAAUUGAGUCGCGAUAGUGAAAUCUUCAUUCUUAAUCAAGUUCUCUUUUCUAUCCAAUUUCUUGGAAAUUUUGAAAGUGAAUUAUGGAGGGCUCGUGAAGCCAUCCGAGAUCUGGAAAAUGCAAAAACUGUCGAACUGUGUCAGCAUAGCAAAAGUGCUUUGAUGCCCAACGAAUUGUGUGACGCUAUUGACCAGAGAAUUAUAUAUGUGCCGAGGCAUGGCCAACAAAAAAAGAUUUACAGUCGAUUCAACACAAGGACUAUGUAUAUUGUUCAUGACAACAUUGAAAUAUCCAAUCCUGGAGUGACUUCACCAUACAGCCUUAUUACUGAUGCGCCUAUUUACAAAUUGGAAUUAGAUGAAUCUAAAGAAAAUGAAAUGAAUCCACCUGUACGACAUGCGGGAUUUGUCCGACUGAAGUGCUCUGAAUCAGUUGAUAAAGUGAAUAUAACAAAUGCAACCAUCAAACAUCGGACUAUUUCACACCCAAAAUCAUUCUCGAGUAACGACAGUGAAAGCGAAAUAGAAGAAAGUGAUAUAUCUGUGGAUGGAUUACAUAAAGUCCGUUGUAAUACGUUUCAAACAAUGAAUAGUAAGAAACCGCGGAAUAGUUUUCUUUGUUUGUCAACAACACCCUUAAUUAAUGGUACAGCGCUAAGUUUUUCAAAUAUACCAUCGACGAGUACAUCACCAUCGAGCAGUGAAUAUGAUUAUGCUUAUAUAACUGCUCUCCAUACACAUAGACCACUUUGUACAAUGAGAAGCAGUAGUUCAUCUGAUGUGCCACUCAGCACAGUAUCAUUACCAGUUACAUGUUUUACAGAUGUUGCAGUAGCUUUGAAACACAUUGAUUAUUCCAGAUAUGUUGAUGAUAAACGAUCUAGCGUAUCAACUGAAAUUGAAGAGGAUGACCCUUAUGAUAUGCGACAGUAUCUCAAUUCAAAAGCUUUCAUGGGAUACUUCAUACAGAUGUUUCAGGAACAAUUAGCUGAGAAUCUCAAGAUAACACAUCAACAACUAAGAAAAGCCACAUGGAAGGGUGCUGUGAUAUAUAGUGAAAUGGGAGAACAUGAUUGGGAAAUUGUUCCUGCAAUUCAAUGUCCAUGGCCAGCCGAAGCUCUAGAGUGGCGAAAUCGUUUGCGUGCCAUUAAAGAGAAUACUAUGAAUCGCAAUAGGAAUACAUGGCCUACGGAAGAGAUGAUUAAUCACAUUAUUCGUAUGGACUGUCACGUUAUACCAAUAGGAUAUAUGCCAAAAGUUGGACAAAAUCUCCAACGUGAAUUAGAGUGGAAACUUGUGUUUCCAAAUGCUGAACGCUAUUUGGUGAAUUCACUAUCAAAUCCUCAAGUAAAAAUCUACAUGAUGACGAAAAUACUGAUAAAAUGUUACAUAGAGCCACACAUUGAUAAAAAUUUGAACAUGUUCACUAUGGAACAUUUGCGUGCUCAUCUUUUUUGGCACUGUGAAAAUACAGUUUUAUGGUCAGAAUAUUCUCUGGGCUCAAUAUUUAUGGAUUUUCUAAAGUCACUUCUUAAUCGAAUUAAGUCUCAACGAUUGCCUGAUUAUUUUAUACCACGAAGGAAUCUUCUGGAAAAUAUACCACAAAAAAUUCUCGUUGAAUUGCAUAAAAGAAUUUUUCGUAUCACUGAAAACCCAGUUAUGUAUAUUAUCAGAGCAAUGAGAAAUGUUAGAUUUUCCAAGGAUUUUUAUCCAAGAUUCAAGUUCAAGAAAUUAUAUAAAUGUCUUAUUGUUGAAAAUCCUGUAGUUAUUCUUAUGAAAUCUGAAUCUCCACAUGAGAUCAGGAAGGAUCCAAAGAAAUUUGAAUUCCAUCAACAAUUAAAAGAUGCAGCCAAAAAAUCACUUGACGAUGGAGAUAGUGAUUUGGAAAAUUCAGAUGAUAAUGUUAUUGUCGACUGUCACAUGGAAGAAUAUUAUAAGAAAAUCAAUGAAGACCCUGAUAAGAGACGACGAACAAAACAAGUAAAAUUUGUACAAAAGAAAAUUCUCGAAAAUAUUGAGAGAACAAAAAGACGACCAUCGACUGAAACCAUUGAUAUUGACUUCAUUAUCCAAAAAAAUAUGAUGUCAAUUAGACGAAAUGUAGUGCUGAAAUUAUUUAUCAGCCACUAUAUAGAAAUGGCACAUGUUGCUUCAUUAACUUUUCGGAGCCUCAAUCAAGGUACAAUGUAUCUGAAACAUGCUGAUCGUCUCUGCAGACUCUUUUACAUAGAUGGUUAUGAGUGGGAUGGUGAAGAAUAUUCACAAAAAAUAACUUCUAUGCAUGUAAAAAUUGAACAAGCAAGUGUUCAAGACAUUCCCAGAGAUCGACCAGCUCUACCACGCCGAGAGAGUACUCUUGAUCCACCCAAAAGGAAUCGUGUACGAAAACUACUAACUUGUCAACAGCAAUCAUCAGUUACAGAAGAUUGUGACAAUUUACCCUACAAGAAUAUAACAUCCCUACCAAUAUCCCCAGAUACGUUUGAAUGGUCAAACAAUGAUAAAUGGAAAGAGGAAGAUAAUUCAGACUGUCCUACAAAUUUGUUAAAAUCCAAGAGAUAUAGUCAACAAUACAGUGAUGGUAAUACGAAUGUUACAGUUGCUGAAGUUUACACAUAUCAGAAGAAUAACACUGAUAAACAUGAAUUUCACAAAAAUGGAAUUUUAAAAAUUAUCCAGGAAAGGACAAGUGGAUGUCAUGAUGAGAUUAUCAUACAUAAUGACGAAUCAUUCACUGAAGAUUCAACGGUAACAAGUGCAAAUUUAGCAGCUAUUCUAGGAAAUAUAUGAAAAUACUGUGAUUUGUUGGGAAGCUGGGUAAAAUGACAUUAGCCAUUAGAUUAAUUCACACGAUACGUAAAAUCAUUCGAAAAUAGGAAUGUAUUAUAUUAAAUAAAAGAUAAAUAAAACUUACUUUUACUCCUUGUUCGGCAUAGAAAUCGGCAGUGCCCAUUGAACCAAA